GGUGCACUUGGUGUGCCUGACGCUGUGGGACGCCCUUCCCUGGACCCACUCUCCUCGGCUCUGCCAGUGAGAAGGUUCGGAGCUCAACUCUGCCACCAGAAAGCUCUUUUUCUCAAGGAGCUGUGUCUUUCGCUGCCCACAGCCAUGGGUCAGUCUUCUUCCACACCUGAUGCAAAGGACCACAGUAUGGCCUCCAGCUUUAACACAUUUUUCAAAACUUUCAAGAUGGAAAGUAAGAUCAUUUCUGAGGAGACCAUCAAUUCAAUUCAGUUGUUUGUGCAGGAAGGGGACAUACAGAAGACAAUUUCCACCAUCAACAAUGCUUUGGCAGAAAUGGAGAAAGCUCCUCUGAGCAUUGCAGUGACAGGGGAGACCGGGGCAGGAAAGUCCACUUUCAUCAAUGCCCUGCGGGGCAUAGGACACGAAGAGCUCGAAUCAGCUAGGAAUGGAGUAGUGGAGACCACAAUGAAUAGACAGCCUUAUACCCACCCUAAGUUCCCUAAUGUGACCAUCUGGGAUCUCCCUGGGGUGGGGACAACCACCUUUAAGCCAGAAAAAUACCUGAAGGAAAUGAAGUUCCAGGAGUAUGACUUUUUUGUUAUUGUCUCAGCCACUCGCUUUAGAGAGAAUGAUGCCCAGCUGGCCAAAGCAAUUGCAAGAAUGAAGAAGAAUUUCUAUUUUGUUCGAACAAAAAUUGAUAAUGAUUUGUGGAAUGCGGAAAAAUGUAGACCCAAGACCUAUAAUAAGGAAAAAAUCCUGGAGGAUAUCCGCAAAGACUGUGUGGAGAAGCUCCAGAAGGCCAAUAUAGCCUCCCCUCAAGUCUUCUUAGUCUCCAGCAUUGAGGUAGCCCAGUUUGAUUUUCCUCACUUGGAGUCCACCCUUUUGAAAGAGCUGCCGGCACACAAGCGUCACAUCUUCAUGCAGUGCCUGCCUAACGUAACCGAACCUGCUAUUGAUCGCAGGAAAGAUGUCCUGAAGCAGAAGAUCUGGCUGGAGGCUCUGAAGUCUGGAGCAUUGGCCACCAUCCCUAUGAUGUCUUUCUUCAAGGAGGACAUCGAGGAGCUGGAGAAGACCCUGAUCUACUACAGGUCUUGCUUUGGGCUGGAUGACAAGUCACUGGAAAACAUGGCCAGCGAGUUGUCCCUGCCUGUGGAGAAGCUUGUGUCCAACAUUCAGUCACCGCAUCUGCUGUCAAGUGAGACGAACGAGCCUGUGGGGGAAAAACUGGUGAAAUACCUGGAGAAAAUUUUUGCUGUCACCGGUGGAGUCAUAGCCACUGGCCUUUACUUUAGAAAGAGUUACUACCUCCAAAAUUAUUUCCUUGACAUAGUGACUGAUGAUGCUAAAACUCUACUUAAUAAAAAAGAUUUGCUGGGCCGUGGUGGCACACGCCUUUAAUCCCAGCACUCGG